GUAUACAGAUAUAACAAAGAUCUUCAAAAAAAAAAAUGAGACACGAAUGUCUGGUUAGUGUCCUUCUUAUAGCAAACAUGCUUAUGGCUACACGCCUUACCCUCACUCUCUCUCUUUCUCGUUCUCGUUCCAUUCUAAAACGCACUUCUCCUUCCAUUUUCAACCCUAAUAAAUUCCCUAAAUCCCUUCCUUGUCCUCUCUGGUCCUCUUCAUUUUCCUUCUGCAUCGAUCAACUUCACAAGUCCACUUCAUCUAAUCCCUUCACUACUACUUGCUCAUUCUCUUCUCCUCUAUCUUCUUCAUCCAUGGCUGCUUCUUCAUUCGACGAUUCCAAUCCUCUUCUUCAGGACUUUGUCUUCCCACCUUUCGAUGCUGUUGAACCUAAACACGUGCGACCUGGGAUUCGUGCACUUCUUAACAACCUGGAACGUGAUUUGGAGGAACUUGAACGUACUGUUGAACCUUCUUGGCCUAAGUUGGUUGAACCGUUGGAGAAGAUUGUGGAUAAGUUGUCUGUUGUUUGGGGUUUGGUUAAUCAUCUCAAAUCUGUUAAGGAUAGUUCUGAGCUUCGUUCAGCAAUUGAGGAUGUGCAGGCAGACAAAGUUAAGUUUCAGCUUAGACUAGGUCAAAGCAAGCCUCUUUAUAAUGCAUUCAAAGCUAUUCGAGAGUCACCUGAUUGGCAGACACUUAGUGAGGCUCGCAAACGAAUUGUUGAAAACCAAAUUAAGGAGGCUGUUCUUAAUGGUGUUUCUCUUGAAGAUGAUAAAAGAGAACAGUUUAACAAAAUUGAACAGGAGCUGGAAAGAUUAUCAGAAAAAUUUGGGGAGAACGUUCUGGAUGCAACCAAAAAGUUUGAAAAGCUCAUUACAGAUAAGAAAGAGAUUGAAGGAUUACCUGCUACGGCUCUUGGGUUGGCUGCACAAAGCGCAGUAUCCAAGGGGCAUGAAAAUGCCACUGCUGAGAAUGGGCCAUGGAUAAUUACAUUGGAUGCACCGAGUUAUAUUGCUGUCAUGCAACAUGCACGCAACCGUUCUUUGCGGGAGGAAGUCUACCGGGCCUAUAUAUCACGUGCAUCUAGUGGAGAUUUGGAUAAUACUGAACUGAUUGAGCAAAUUUUAAAGCUUAGGUUGGAAAAGGCCAAGCUUCUCAACUACAAUAACUAUGCUGAGGUUAGCAUGGCAACCAAAAUGGCAACUGUUGAUAAAGCAGAAGAGCUUCUAGAAAAGCUUCGUAGAGCUUCCUGGGAUGCUGCAGUACAAGAUAUGGAAGACCUUAAGAAAUUCUCGAAAGAUGAGGGUGCAUCAGAAGCUGAUGAUUUGACACAUUGGGACAUUAGCUUUUGGAGUGAGAGGCUUCGUGAAUCAAAAUAUGACAUUAAUGAGGAAGAACUGCGCCCAUUUUUCUCUCUGCCAAAUGUCAUGGAUGGUCUCUUUCACCUUGCAAAAACACUUUUCGGCAUUGAAAUUGAGCAAGCUGAUGGUCUAGCUCCGGUUUGGAAUAAAGAUGUCAAGUUUUUCCGUGUUAAAGAUUCUUCAGGCAGUCCAGUUGCGUAUUUUUAUUUUGAUCCCUACAGUCGUCCUUCUGAAAAAAGGCAAGGUGCAUGGAUGGAUGAAGUUGUUGCUCGCAGUCGUGUACUGUCACCUGAUGGUGGUAACUCAUCAAGGUUGCCUGUUGCCCACAUGGUGUGCAAUCAAACACCUCCAGUAGGAAGCAAGCCAAGUCUAAUGACAUUCCGUGAGGUUGAGACUGUCUUCCAUGAAUUUGGCCAUGCACUUCAACAUAUGCUUACUAAGGAAGAUGAGGGUCUAGUUGCUGGUAUUAGGGGAAUAGAGUGGGAUGCUGUUGAAUUACCUUCUCAGUUUAUGGAAAACUGGUGUUACCAUAAAGAGACUUUAAUGGGCAUUGCAAAACAUUUUGAAACUGGGGAGACUCUCCCUGAAGAUGUAUAUUUGAAGCUUGUUGCUGCCAGAACUUAUCGUGCUGGCACUCUCAGUCUCCGACAGAUAAAAUUUGCAACUGUAGAUCUGGAACUUCAUACAAAAUAUGUUCCUGGGGGACCAGAGUCCAUCUAUGAUGUUGACCGCAGAGUUUCUGAGAAAACUCAAGUGAUUCCUCCAUUGCCAGAGGACAGGUUCCUUUGCAGCUUUAGUCAUAUAUUCGCAGGUGGAUAUGCAGCUGGAUACUAUAGCUACAAGUGGGCUGAGGUGCUGUCUGCAGAUGCUUUCUCUGCAUUUGAGGAUGCUGGAUUAGAUAAUAACAAGGCUGUUAAAGAAACUGGACACAAGUUCAGGGAGACCAUUCUUGCUCUUGGAGGUGGCAAGGCACCGCUAGAGGUCUUUGUGCAAUUCCGUGGCAGAGAACCAACACCAGAUGCAUUGCUCAGACACAAUGGCCUGAUUGCAGCUUAGAAAUAUUAAGAUUUAUUCCCAAUCUUUGUUUUUUGUUUUUUUGACAAAAAUCCACUAUAAUUUAUAAUAAUAUAGUUGUGUUUCUUAACAUUUUAGAAAUUGUCACAUUUUAAAUUUUAUAUAUUAUAUUACAACAUUUAAAAGGAA